GUUGUCUGCCGUCAGAAUCAGAUGAUGAACUGAACUGAACUGAACUGAACUGCAGUCCAGACUCGUUUGUCCAGCAUGACGGAGGCGGCGAUUAUUAAGAAUAUCUGCGCUAAUAACGGCUCCAUCGCCUAUGAGGAUCUGCUGUCGGCUCUGGGCAUGUAUGAUGAGGCUCAAGAUGUCCUGGAUCUGCUCAUCGGCCGCAGUGAGUCCUGCACGGUCGGCUUCUUCAGCGGGCAGAAGCGAGUCAUCGUCCGGACCAAAGUGCGCCUGUGUCGGAUUCAGAACUGCCCUGCCUGCGACAACCUGCACCUGUGCAAAGGCUUUCUGUUCGGGUUUUGCCGCUUCGACAGAGGGAGGAGAGGAUGCCGCUUCAGUCAUGAUCUGAGUUCUGCUCAUAAUAUGCUGGUUCUGAUGGCCAACGGCCUGAACACACUCGACCUGAAGGAGCUGCGGAUCCUGCUUCUGCAGAGCGACAACACACUCCUGCCGGCGGUGUGCCACUCCUAUAAUAACGGCGUGGGUGAGUACGGCCGCUGUCCGGACGCGGAGGCCUGUAAGCGGCUGCACAUCUGCGAGCGCUACCUGCAGGGUCACUGCGACUGCACGCGCGCUCACGACUUCUACGAGCCGCAUCCGCUGAAGACGCUGCAGGACCGCGGCGUUCCCACCGAGCUCAUGGCCGUCAUGAAGGAUCUGUACUCCAACAUCGAGGCCCUGCGGCGGAUCAACAGGAACAAACCAAACGCGGCUCCAAACAACAGGAGAGGCCCGAGUGUGAACAACCGCAGGUCAUCCAGUGUGGAGUUUACAGCCGCCAGAGAAACUGAGACUCAAGCGACUUCACAGACUUACACUGAGAAAACUGAGAUCUGCAUGUACUUCAUCAAAGGACACUGCAAGCACGGCGGCACGUGCCGGAGGGAGCACUCCUUUCUGCCGUAUAAAUGGGAAGUUAAGGAAGGAUCAGUGUGGAAAGCUCUUCCUGACAACGAGGCCAUCGAGAAGGAUUACUGUGAUCCUACAAAAAUAUACAGCUCUGGGCUGUUCCCGGUGUGUUUCGACACCAUGACGCAGGGCUCUGUGGCGGUGCGGCGUCUCUCCACGGUGCCCUCUGUCCUCCAGCCCUCCUUUAUCUUGACCACCGAGUGGCUGUGGUUCUGGGAGGACGAGUUUGGAAACUGGAUCCAGUACGCCAGCGCAGACGGCGGCCAUAAGAUCUCCUCCAUCUCCAGUGCGGAGCUGGAGCAGAAAUAUCAGGCGGAUCAGAGCGCCGUGCUGGAGUUCAACGCCGGGUCACAGACAUACACGCUCAGCUUCCAGGACAUGAUCCAAACAAACAAGCAGUACAAAACCAAAAAAGUGAUCAGACGUCGCCCCAAAUUCAUCUCCGCCGCUGAUGUGAAGACGAUCAAGAGCACUAAACGAGCACCCAACAGCUUCAAGACUCUGCCGGAGCACUGGGAUAAAGCGCUGACUCCUGAAACGGGAUGCAAGAGAGUGCAGCUGACGAAAACCACAGCCGAAUUCAUCAAAAUACAGGAGCUGUUCAACCGCACCUUGAGAGGAUUCACCAUCCAGAAGAUCGAGAGGAUCCAGAACAAAGCCUUGUGGGAGGUGUUUCAGUGGCAGAAGGACUGCAUGAAGAAGAACAGCCGAGGCAGAGAUGUGUCCGAGAAGCAGCUCUUCCACGGCACCGACUCCAAAUUCGUGGACACAAUCUGCCUGAACAACUUUGACUGGAGGAUCUGUGGAGUCAACGGGACCGCCUAUGGAAAAGGCAGUUAUUUUGCCAGGGAUGCCAAAUAUUCUCACAGCUACACCAACAACUCGGGCACGCGCUCUAUGUUCGUGUGCCGGAUCCUGGUGGGCGACUACACCAAAGGAGACUCCAGCUACCUGCGGCCUCCGUCCAAAGAUGGAGGAGACACCGUCUUCUACGACAGCUGUGUGAAUGACGUCUGCGACCCGUCUAUAUUCGUGGUGUUCGAGAAGCACCAGAUCUACCCGGAGUAUUUAAUCCAGUACAGAGACUCCACUGAGUGGGCAUCUCCUGCUGUACGACCAGCGGUGACCACAACAAGAGCGGUUCCCGCAAGCAUUAGGACCACGCCCUCAUAUAACUCCUCCCACUUUACCUCCUUAAACGCCUCCUCCUCUGUUAAAUCCUCCCAUGUUGCCUCCUCAAGCACCUCCUCAUGGGUUAGCUCCUCCCCCUUUAACUCCUCCCCCAACACCGCCUCUUCAUAUAACCAGACCCCCUUUGCAUACUCAAACUCCGCCUCCUCCUCUAAUUCUUCCCCCUUUAACUCCUCCCCCACCACCUCCUCCUAUGUUCCUCUACCUCGAUCCGCUUCUGUGUAUUCACCUCCACCUCGAAAGCCUGCAAAGGCAGAAAAUUCCUGCGUGAUCUCCUGAAUGUGUAUCAGACUGUGUCCGAAAUCAAAUACACUCAUGCUUAAAUACACUUAAUGACUCUUACUAAAGUAUGUCCUAUAUAGUAUGAAUGGCGUCGGGAUGUACCACAUCCACCAUGAUGUACGGAUCAAUCAAUUCGCUCAAAUUACGAUUCAAUCGAAUUCACGAUUUUAAUUUCAUGAGACAGUUUUCAUACAGAGAUUUUGUUUUAAUAAUAAAAUGGGAUUGUGUAGUGAAUGAAGAGCUGGCCUUGUAUUAGAUCAUUGCUGUAUGUUUAUUUAAAAACAAACCCUCAAAUGCGUUCCACAAAUAAAAUAAUUCCCUUCACAUGAACACAGUCGGGCUCUUUCCAUUUAAAACCGCUGUAUUUGAGUCACGAUUGAAGCUAAGACACAGCAUGAGCAGUUGUUAAUGCAGAUUAGACUGUACAAUUUGACAAUCUGAAGCAAUAACAGAAUGUUCUGACUUCUAGCUUAGUGAAACUAUUGUUCUAAUAUAUCAAAUGUGAAGGAAACAGCAGCUGCAGACUCACUCUCUGCCAGCAGGUGGUGCUGUUGAACAGCAGUGAUAUAGUGCUUCAUUGGUGACCGAUGUAAACAAAGCAGCGGCGCUGAUCAACACUACUGUAAUAUGUAGCCUUCGUAUUUAACAAAGGGAAACUAGUGCUGCACACAUACAAACUGUAAAUAAAACAGCGCUAACACAUUAUCAUCCCAUCAUGGAGGGCUCGCUAGUGCAAAUAUGUCUGAUAAUCCAUAUCUUUUGCGAAUAUUCAAGAAAUUUGCAGAUUUAUGCAGGAUAAUUGUGGAAGUAUCGUAACUAAAAACGUAAAACAUUAAAUCAAAAAGAAUGACUAUCAUUUCAUUAUAUACAAUGCAAAUCCAUUUGUUUUGUAAACAAAGCAAGUCUCUCGUAUAAUAUAGCUACUAACCACAGAAAAUAUUACAAUGCAAACUGACUUAUUAAUAAAUGCAUAUUAGUUAAUAAUAUUGACAUUAUUAUAAAAACUGACUAUAUAUUUACACACAUUUACGUAAGUGAAUAAACUGAUUCAAUAAUGAGCUAAAACAUCUGCGGAAGUCUGUACGAGCAGAUUCGUGUGGGUCUACAUGCGUUAUUGCUUGGUUUCGUUACUUUAGUUUGUGUUCUUGCGCUCUGAUUCAUUCGGCACUUGAGUCGUCACUUAUUUGAAUAGGUUUUUAACCUAUUGGUCUUAUCAUUUUAUCAUUAUCACAUGACCUGUGCGCAACAGUUGCGUUGUUUAACUACCAUUUAUAAAUGUACCGUACCGUAUCGCCAUCCGGUACUUCUAAAGUACUGUUUUUUUACAAUACUAUGAAUUUAGAUAUGCUACUGGACUCUUAUUCUGUUUUCCACAUACUGCAUAGCAGGGAACUGUGUGUUUUCGGUCGCACUACAUGUGAUUAUUUCAGUCACAUGACAAAUAUGGAGAGAGCCAGUUAAAAUGUUCAUAUUGACAAUCAGGUUGUGAAUAAUUAUGCGGCAGUAUAGUCGUUUAGGUGAUUUAUACUCUGAUCAAAAGUGCAAUGAAACCAACAGAUCCUCACUUUUGUAUGGAGUGCAUCAAGAGCUCUUCUAACAAGAGAUUUAAAGCAUUGUUUCUAGCGUUAUAAUCAAUAAACUAAAGCAAACAUCACCAAAUAUUGAUUUAUAGUUGAUUAUUUUAUAGAAACAUCACACUUCAAGUUCAUUGCAAAUUAUAUAUUUACGUAUCCUGAGUGUUGAUUUGCAGGGCUUCCGGGAGUGGGUGGAGCUAAGGAUCUAUUUUAUUUGGAGUCUCUGAUUGGUUGGUUUUCUGUGCUGCAUCAUGGGUAAUGUAGUUUUGCUGCAUUGAUUACACCACUGUUUAAAUAAAAUGAUGUGAACCGAUUGGUUACAGAGUGGAGGAAUUGAUGAAGCUUUUACACAAUAAAAUGUUUCGUUGUUGUUGAUUGGAUGGUGACAUGUGGGCGUGGCUUACAUAAUUGGAUGGACGCAUCUGUUUUGACAUUUUCUUGAAAUAUUGAAGCCAAAAUGUGACAGAAGAGCAUACAUUGAUGAAUUUAAUAGAGAAAACACGUUUUAUUUCAUGUCUGCUUUAAUUGAAUUUUCUUGGAUCUUUGUAAUAAUCUUAAUAUUUGAGAUAAACAAAAUAAAGCUUUCUAAUACA